GCCGCGCUCGCCGCCCGCCUCGUCCCUGUGCUGGGAGCCAAUGCUGGGGCUCCAGAUCCGUUCGCGCUCGGUGGAGCAGACGCUGGUACCGCUCGUGGCGCAGAUAACAACUCUGAUUAACCAUAAGGAUAAACCAAAGAGGUCGGAUAAGACUUUGAGAGCAGUCCAACAGGUGGGCCAAGCAGUUAACCUAGCUGUUGGAAAAUUUGUCAUGGUGGGUGAAGCUAUAGCCAAUGAAAACCAAGAGCUGAAAGAGGAAAUGAAGGUUGCCUGCACUGAAGCAAAGCAAGCAGGUGAGACCAUUGCACAGCUUACAGAUGUUGCAACCUUGGAUCGUCCAGAAUCUGAUGGCCAGAUAACAGUUUUUACAGACAAAACAGGAGUGGUAAAGGCUGCAAGGCUCUUGCUUUCUUCAGUUACUAAAGUGUUGGUUCUGGCUGACAUAAUAGUUAUUAAACAAAUUAUAACUUCUAGAAACAAGGUCCUUAUGACAAUGGAACAGCUAGAGAAAGUAAGUAGUUUUCAAGAGUUUGUCCAAAUAUUCAGUCAAUUUGGAAAUGAAAUGGUGGAAUUUGCCCAUUUAACUGGAGAUCGACAAAAUGAUCUGAAAGAUGAAAAGAAGAAAGCUAAAAUGGCAGCUUCUAGGUCUAUUCUCGAGAAAUGUACCAUGAUGCUUCUCACUGCUUCCAAGACCUGUUUAAGGCAUCCUGACUGUGAAUCUGCCCGUGUUAACAAAGGAGCAGUGUUCCACAGAAUGAGACUCGCUUUGGAGCAGGUUAUAGAGAUUGUAGCAGACACUCGGCCCAAUGGAGAGAAUGAACCGGGCCCAAUGAGCAUCUAUACUGGCAUCAAGGAAUUCAAGAAUAAGGUGGAAGGUCUGCGAGAAAACCUUUAUCUUCUAUCAAAGGAGAACCUUAGAGCAUUGCUGCGUCUUGUCCUAGAACUCACAGAAGAUUUUACAGAUUCUGCUUAUACAAACCAUGAAACCCGAGGACACAUCUUGGAGCUCUCCAAGCAAGCAAAGAUGGAGUUGGAGCAGUUGGUGUCAGCCUGGAUCAAUGCUCAAAAUCAGAAGAAAAGAGAAGUCACAGAGGACUUGGAAUUAUCCAUACUAAAAAUGUGCCAGUGCAUGAAUGAGCUUCAAAGAGAGAUAUGCCAUCUAUUAAGACAUGUCUCUGGAACAGAGCCACUUGAAAUUACUUGUCUCCAUGCAGAAGAUACUUUUCAUGUGACUGGGCCUCAGAUAAUUUCUGCUGCUGAAACCCUGACAUUGCAUCCUUCCAGUAAAAUUGCAAAAGAAAAUCUGGAUGUGUUCUGUGAGGCGUGGGAAUCUCAGCUGAACGACAUGUCCCUUCUCUUAAGAGAAAUCAGUGACGUGUUUGAAGGAAGACGAGGAGAGAAGCGUGCAUACUUGUCACUACCCAGGCCAGGGAAGCAUAACGCAAAUUUAAAAGCCUUAAAGCCAGUCAGACUUGAUAAUGAGGAGCAAGCAAAACUGGGAAAACUAGGGUUAGAACUUCAUAAGCUAACAACUCGGGUUGACUCUGAAAUGGAGAAAUGGGAAGACCCAGAAAACGAGAUUGUAAGAUGUGGACAAGGUCUAUCCAGUAUGGCUUAUUCCAUGUAUUUAUUUACAAGAGGGGAAGGACUGCUGAAAAUUACCCAAGACUUAUUCCAUCAGGCAGAGGCCUUUGCUACAGAAGGAUUAAAGCUUACUUCAGCUCUCCAUAUAUUUUCCAAUCAGGUGGAAGAUGAGGAGAAGCCACUGCUUCUGCAGGAGAUUGAGAGGAUGGUCCCUGCGUGUCAGCAGCUUCAGGUAACAGCUAAAGCCCCUGUGCAGGGCAAAACUGCAACUUAUACAAAGGUGGAUACCUGUAUUCAGAAAGCAAAGUAUAUUCUGGAUAUACUUUCCCAAGUUCUGCCACUUAGCUUCAAGUUACUAAGAAAGCACAAAGCAGGAAAUGGGUAUCUAAUGGCCCACUGCUCUUGGAAUGGCCAGCAUGCAGAGUCAAGAGAAAACAGUGGUCUGGCUGGGAGGACUGACACUUUUGGAAUCAAGUCCUUGGAACAACAUGUAGCAAGCCUCACUGUUUUGGAGAACAAAUGAUUUGAAGAUGGAAACAUUUCUCCGUUGGAUUUGUAUUUUAAGCCUCUCCUAAUUGCUUUCUUUUGAGAAAGGUAAAACCAGGUUAGAAAAAGCUGAUGUAAUCUUUCCACAUCUAAUAGAUGUCAUGGUACUUAGCAAUUAGCAAAAGGAACAGCUUUAAUGGCUGCAUAUUUUUGUACGGUAACUUUUGGUUCACUAUUAAUACUGCUAUUUUUGUAAUCAAGUACUUUUUUUUUUUUAUCUGCGCUCAAAUGUCUUAUUUUUCAAACCCCAAAGAUGCUGCUUGGAUAUUCAUGCAGAUGAUCUGGAUAAUCUCAGAUAUGCUACAUGGAAAACUACUGGUGGUGGUGGUUGUUGCUGCUGCUGUUUGUUUGUUUAACAGCCCUCACUGAAUGUGAGCCUUUGACCCUUGCCAACAGUAUUUGCUGUGGAGGCCUGCUCUGAAAAAGGCGUGACUUGCUGAGUAGCUGCUCAGUCCUUGUCUCCUAAAGGGGCCGGCCAAGAAGUUCUGUUGCCGUAGAUACCACAUUUCUCUCUCUUGGUGGACAAGGAAGGGGAGGAAGAGAACUAGACUGGAAGUGGUCAAAGAAAACCACAUUGCUGCUACUGGAUGCAUAAGUUACAAUAAAGCUUUAAUGAUGAUAGUAAUUUCAUUUUCGUUAAACACUUUCAGCAAUAUUUAAAAUUAAAACGAAAGAUCAAUAACAGCAUUAAUAAAAUCAGCUAUACUUAAAAGCUUGCUUUUAUCUAAUUCCCUUUUAUCUAUAUUUUUAUAUUACAAUCUUUAUAGCACUAUCUAAAGAAUCUUUUCAGAAAUAGUUCUUCUAAAACCAUUAGGACCUAACUCCCUAAUGAAUGUGAUUAUAUUUACAGCCUUAAACAUAAAGCUUGAGCUUUCAUUUUUAGCAUGUGAUAGGAAAGCUUAAGACUGAUCACUCUAUUUGGAAAUAAGUUGCAGCUAUUAAAAAUACAGUGGUACCUCGGAAUACGAACGCCUCUACUAACGAACUUUUCAGGUUACGACCAGCUCUG